UCUGCUGUAUCCAAACACAAAUCAUGUGGAGGUGCUGAAGCCAAAUUUUCUUAGACUCUUACAUUGUGUUAUGAGCAAAGAUAUCUUUCCUUCUGAAGUUCAGUUCCUUGAAACUUUUGGGUGUUUUCACAUAGGAGUACUGAUGAGUUCAUCCCUAGAAAGAGUCUUCAGGCAGAACUUAGAGACAGAGGACUGACAGUCUUGCCAUGCUAGGAGGGUGACCUGCUGUGUCUCCCCAGCAUGGUGUUCGUGGAAGCAGGAUGCAGCCGAUGCAGAAGCAUGACCUGGAGCCUUUGCCUGCUUUGCAGUGGUGUGACUCAUGCUGAAGAGGAUGCAGUUUCCUCUCAUGGAUCUCUGCAACAGAUCACAGGAUGCAGAGGAAUUUCACUUUCCAUCCAGAUCUCAGCUUGGAACCACCAUGGCUUGACUGGAAAGGCCAUCCUACUCUUUAGGAGAGAUACAUGGGAGAGUUCUACAGAGCCCAUUGCCAUGGCAAAGGUAUUUGCUGCUGGCCUGAUGGUUCAAAAUUCACUGGAGCAUUUUAUCUUGGGCAUAUAGAAGGCUAUGGAACUCUGGAAUGGACGGAUGGCAGAAAAUUUCAGGGGCUGUACAAAUCUGAUGAGCGAUUUGGACCGGGAAUCGAGAGCUAUCCGGAUGGCUGUCAAGAUGUUGGCUUGUGGCUCAGAGAUCAUCUAAUUAAACUGUGCACUGAAGUACCUGGUUAUUUUUCUCUCUUGGAUUAUCCGGAACACUUCAGAUAUGUUGAUGCAAGUUCUCAAAGAGAGUAUCUUUCUGUUGACGAGGACCCAUUUCUCCGUAGCUAUAAGCGCCUUCCUUUUGAUGACAAGAAUAUUUUGCCUGAAGGGGUCUUUGCCUACUCCCACAACACAGAUCAUCUGACUUUGACUUGCACCUUUCUGAAAGAGUGUGAUGCUUCAUAUUUUCAGAAUACCUCAAAGCUGCCUGAGGAAGAGCUUUGGCCUGUUGCAAAUAUAACCCCCUUACUUGUCAGAAUGCAGAUGCAUGUUUAUAAACACAGGUGCUGUGAAGCGGAGUUUGCUUCAGAUGUUAACCUCAUUCUCAGUGGAGUCCGCGAUAGUUACGGGCCUCCGGGUCCCAAGGAGCUUGCUUCAGAGAAAUUAAUUCAGAAGGCAGCAAAGGGAGACUUUGACGGGGUCUAUAAAAUCCUGCGGGAUGAGCUUGCGCAUCCAGACAUAGCAGACAAACAUGGAUACACGGCACUUGCUGCUGCUGCUGUUAGUUCCCACAAUGAUAUUGUCAAUCUUCUUCUCGAUAGUGGAGCCGAUGUGAACAAGUGCAGUGAUGAAGGAUUAUCUGCUCUCUCUAUGUGCUUUAUUCUGUAUUAUCCAGCAGAGUCUUUCAAGGGUAAUAUUGCUGAGAGGAACUUGCAAAGAUAUGAGAACGAACAAUCAGAACCAGCAGAAACAACGAAUUCUGGUUGUCUGGAUAUGUCUGAAGGCAUAAUCUUAGAACAGCACAAGAGAUGGGCAACAAUCCAGCUGCUGCUUCGACGAGGUGCUGAUCCCAAUGCGUGCAGGAUACCAGCACCCCUUCUCUUCUUUGCUGUUAAAGCUGCAGAUGCAGAAGCAGUGAAACUCCUCUUAGAAAGGGGAGCCAGGAGUGACGUGCGACUUCCAUCCAAGUUAGGUGGUUUAACACCUCUGCACAUAGCUGUAUCUCUUCCUGGGGAGGAAGGGGUCCAGAUAACCCGGUACCUCCUGCAUUCUGCUCCAGAUCUUGAUGCAAGAGCAGAAGAUGGAAAUGAGGCAUAUGGUCCAGACCAGCAUGCCAGAGAUGUUAUCCACCUCCUUCUGAUGCAUAAGGCAAAUCCAAAUACACUGUGGAGUGGCCAUUCACCACUUUCCUUAGCAAUCGCCAGCGGGAAUGAUUUGGCAGUGGUUGAACUCCUCAAACAUGGGUCUGAUCCGAAUCUGCCAUUAAGUGGAACUGUAAGAAGUGCCCUCUGUACAGCUAUCAGUACCAGAUACGAGCACAAGAGAACAAAAGCUCAGAGGAUUGCCUUGGUUGAUAUGUUGCUUGAAGCUGGUGCAGAUAUCCUUGCACCAGUUACUCUUAGGGAAGGACGGCAAAAAGCAGUUGGAACAGCUGUCGACUAUGCCUAUUUUGAAUAUUAUCAGGACAGGAGAAUUGCUAACACACCAUAUCAUGUACUGACAGCAUCUGAGCGGGAGAUAUUUCAAAAACGGCAUUCACUGAUAGAACACAUUACUGGGAGGCUCCGUGAGCGCGUCAUCCUGAAAGAGAAAGAAUGGAACCAAGAAGAGCUGAGAAGAUCCAAGAAAUUAGAUUCAAAUAUUCGUACAUCUGCUUCAAAGAAGAAAUGGGGGAGUCAUCACGUGGAAGAAGUGAGGUUACCAUUUUUUAAAUACUGCUAUCAGUGUGGACGUUCUGUUGGUGUUCAGCUGUCUCCUUGCAUUCAUUGCCAUGAUAUCUUCACUUGCAGUGAAGCUUGCAGAAGGAAAUCCUGGAAGGAGCGGCACAGGCGGGAGUGCUUGGGAUUGCUGGGCAUAAUGAUGAUCCUGCCAGGAGUCUUUGACCGUACCAAGAGUGACUACAAGACUCUGGGAGUUGAAGAGUGA